AUGCAUUUCUUUCUUUUAAAAUCCACUCACACUUGCAGUUUUGCGGGUUCAGCGACCAAUUGGUCAGGAUGUUUCCUGCUUAUCGCAUCUCACUUUCGCUGA